GUGGUGGUGGAAGAGCGAGGGAGCGUAGUCGAGCGACCGUCCCGCUGUGGCCACGAGCUCCGACGCUCGGGGAACGUAGGUAGUGUGUGAACUUCCGGCCGAGUGAAGCGGACAGGGGUUGUAGUUAUAGGGAAGGUGCCGUCGAAGUCGAAGAGUGAUAGAACGUUUGCGUGGAUCGGAGACGAAGUGGGUUUCGAACCUGCUGCUUGAAGCUGUAAACGGAGGACGAUAGGACGGAGAAGCGACUGGCGCGCGCGAGUGGCAGAAGAGGCGGCAGAGAAGAGAAGAGAAGAGAAGGAAGAAAGAAGAAGUGGUUUGGUGGUUAGUGCUGUGGUGCCACAGCACGAAGAAGAGGGGAUCGCCACCGGGGCAGAGGCUCGAACGCAUGUAGGAACAUGGCCGCAUCCAGCCCCUGCCUCCCUCUAGAGGUUGGCAGCAGCGCAAGAGGCGGCACAAAGGGACCCUGGAUACGCGAGUCAGUAUUACGGGAGAAGGUCGAGGUUGACCGGAUUGAGGAGUGGUCUCGGUGACUGGACUAGCUUCGGAGGGGAGGUACCUGGUCUGGUGGACAUGGCGCCAGGCCGGGAUCAGGGUGGAGGGGCGGGUGGCGGUGGGGGAGGCGGCAAGGGCACCACAUCGUUGUUCAUCCUUUCGGAGGAUAAUUGCAUACGGAAGCACACGCGCUUCAUCAUCGAGUGGCCGCCCUUCGAGUACGCCGUCCUGCUCACCAUCAUCGCCAAUUGCGUGGUCCUCGCCCUCGAAGAGCACCUGCCGAACAAGGACAAGACCAUACUCGCACAGAGUCUCGAGUCCACGGAGAUCUACUUCCUCGGGAUCUUCUGCGUCGAGGCGAGCCUCAAGAUCCUCGCCCUCGGCUUCGUCCUCCACCGCGGCUCCUAUCUGCGCAACAUCUGGAACAUCAUGGACUUCUUCGUCGUGGUGACCGGGAUCAUUACGUCGUUGUCGCAAGGCAUACACCUGGAGAUGGAUCUGCGCACGUUGCGUGCGAUACGCGUGUUGCGACCGCUCAAACUUGUCUCCGGCAUACCAAGUCUUCAGGUGGUGCUCAAAUCUAUCAUCAAAGCAAUGGCGCCGCUUUUGCAGAUCGGCUUGCUGGUACUCUUCGCCAUCGUGAUAUUCGCCAUCAUCGGCCUCGAGUUUUAUUCGGGAACCCUGCAUAAAACAUGUUACAGUGUAGAGGACAUCAGUAUAAUCGUAAAGGAGGGUGAGCAGCCGAGCCCGUGUAGCGCGGACAACAAAAAUGAUGCCCCGCCCGGGGCCCACGUGUGCAACGCGAACAUCUCGACGUGCUUGGAACGCUGGGAGGGACCAAACUCGGGCAUCACCAGCUUCGAUAACAUCGGAUUCGCCAUGCUCACUGUCUUCCAGUGUAUCACUAUGGAGGGCUGGACUGCCAUAUUGUACUGGACAAAUGAUGCUAUUGGCAGCACGUACAACUGGAUUUACUUUAUACCGUUAAUCGUCCUCGGAUCAUUCUUCAUGCUGAACUUAGUUCUUGGUGUCUUGAGCGGAGAGUUUGCGAAGGAGAGAGAGAAGGUGGAGAACCGGCAGACCUUCCUGAAGUUGCGAAGACAGCAGCAGCUUGAGCGCGAACUGAAUUGUUAUCUCAAUUGGAUCUGCAAAGCAGAGGAGGUGAUACUAGCCGAAGAGAGGACCACGGAAGAGGAGAAAAUGCACAUAUUAGAAGUAAGAAGAAAAGCGGCGGCAAAGAAGAAGAAGCUAAAGAAUCUUGGCAAGAGCAAAAGCACCGACACGGAGGAGGAGGAGGGCGACGACGACCAGGACGAUGGGUUCUCGAGAGCCUCCUACUUCAAGUCGAAGGUGAAGAAGCAGGGCACGUGCCUACAAUUUUGGCGGGCCGAAAAAAGGUUCAGGUUUUGGGUGCGCAAUUCCGUCAAGUCGCAGCAGUUCUACUGGUUCGUCAUCGUUCUUGUGUUCUUCAACACCGUCUGCGUGGCCGUCGAGCAUUACGGUCAGCCAGAAUGGCUCACCAAGUUUCUCUACAUCGCAGAGUUUGUGUUCCUGGGCCUCUUCAUGAUGGAGAUGUUUAUAAAAGUCUACGCGCUCGGUUUUCGCACAUACUUCGAAUCGAGCUUUAACCGCUUCGACUGCGUAGUCAUCUCGGCCUCGAUCUUCGAGGUGAUCUGGUCCGAGCUGAGGACCGGCUCUUUCGGCCUCUCCGUCCUACGUGCCCUUAGACUCCUGAGAAUUUUUAAAGUCACCAAAUAUUGGAAGAGCCUGAGGAACCUCGUGAUAUCGCUGCUAAGCUCGAUGCGCAGCAUCAUUUCCCUCCUCUUCCUGCUCUUCCUUUUCAUCCUCAUAUUCGCGCUGCUCGGUAUGCAGCUAUUCGGCGGCCAAUUCAACUUCGAGGACGGCACGCCAGCCACUAACUUCAACACCUUUCCCAUCGCACUACUCACUGUCUUCCAAAUCCUGACUGGAGAAGACUGGAACGAAGUGAUGUACAAGGGUAUCGAGUCGCAGGGCAUGGCCCAUUCGCUCUACUUCAUCGUGUUGGUGCUCUUCGGCAACUACACUCUGCUGAACGUCUUCUUGGCUAUCGCCGUCGACAAUCUCGCGAACGCGCAAGAGCUGAGCGCCGCCGAGGAGGAGGAGAAGGAGGAGGACAAGGAGAAGCAACUGCAGGAGCUCGAGAAGGAGAUCGAGUCGCUGCAGAGACCCGGGGACGGCAACGCGCCGAGGGUGGAAAUCUGCCCUCCAAGUCCAACUCAGAAUUUCAGAGACGGAAGAGUUGAAACCCAGACGUCCGAAGAGAGGAGGCAGGAUGAAGACGACGACACGGGACCAAAACCAAUGCUGCCAUACUCCUCCAUGUUUAUACUGUCCCCUACGAAUCCCAUAAGAAGAGCCGCCCACUGGGUCGUGAACCUUCGGUACUUCGACUUCUUCAUAAUGGUGGUAAUAUCGUUGUCGAGUAUCGCGCUAGCCGCCGAGGAUCCCGUUUCGGAACACGCUUGGAGAAACGAGAUUCUCAACUACUUCGAUUACGCGUUCACCGGCGUCUUCACUAUCGAAAUGGUGCUGAAGAUUAUCGACCUCGGCAUCAUACUGCACCCGGGCUCGUACCUGCGCGAGUUCUGGAACAUUAUGGACGCGGUCGUAGUGAUAUGCGCUAUGGUGUCGUUCGCCUUUUACAUGACCGGCAGCUCGGCCGGCCAGAACCUCUCGACCAUCAAGUCGCUGCGAGUGCUGCGAGUGCUCAGGCCGCUUAAGACAAUAAAGCGCGUGCCGAAGCUCAAGGCGGUGUUCGACUGCGUGGUGAACAGUCUGAAGAAUGUCAUUAACAUUCUCAUAGUGUAUAUAUUGUUCCAAUUCAUAUUCGCUGUGAUCGCGGUGCAGCUGUUCAACGGCAAGUUCUUCUACUGCACCGACGAGAGCAAGUAUACAAAAGAGACUUGCAAAGGUCAAUACUUCGUUUUCGAGGAGAAUAGUAUGCUACCGAAGCUCAUGCAACGGAAAUGGGAACCCCAGUCCUUUCAUUACGACAACGUGAUGGUGGCCAUGCUGACGCUGUUCGCCGUCCAGACCGGCGAAGGCUGGCCGCAGAUCCUGCAGAACUCGAUGGCGGCCACGUACGAGGACAAGGGUCCCAUCCAAAACUUUCGUAUUGAAAUGUCCAUUUUCUACAUCGUCUACUUCAUCGUCUUUCCAUUCUUCUUCGUCAACAUCUUCGUGGCCUUGAUUAUCAUCACGUUCCAGGAGCAGGGAGAAGCUGAACUGCAGGACGGUGAAAUCGAUAAGAAUCAGAAAUCAUGUAUAGACUUUACAAUACAAGCUCGUCCGCUCGAGAGGUAUAUGCCGAAGGAGCGGAAUAGCAUAAAGUACAAAAUCUGGAGGAUAGUCGUAUCCACGCCAUUCGAAUAUUUUAUCAUGAUACUCAUCGUACUGAACACAUUACUGCUUAUGAUGAAGUUCCAUCAGCAAACCGAAACGUACAAGAACACGCUGAAGUACAUGAACAUGUGCUUUACGGGGAUGUUCACUGUCGAGUGCAUACUGAAGAUCGCAGCAUUCGGCGUGAAGAACUUCUUCAAGGACGCCUGGAACACCUUCGACUUCAUCACGGUGAUCGGCAGCAUCGUGGACGCUCUCGUGAUCGAGUUCGGGGACCAGUUAAGGGACGUGAUCAGACUGUUCACUGGUAGCCAGCUAGAAAAGAAGUGCAAUUUCCUCUGUCCCCUGCAGGAGAACUUCAUCAACGUCGGCUUUCUGAGGCUCUUUCGCGCCGCCAGGCUGAUCAAACUACUCAGGCAGGGGUACACGAUACGAAUUUUACUUUGGACCUUCGUACAAUCCUUCAAAGCUCUGCCUUACGUUUGUCUCCUAAUAGCGAUGCUGUUCUUCAUCUACGCUAUCAUCGGUAUGCAGGUAUUCGGUAACAUCGCGCUGGAUGCUGAUACUUCUAUUACCAAGCACAACAAUUUCCAAAGCUUCAUACAAGGUCUGAUGCUGCUUUUUCGGUGUGCGACGGGGGAGGCCUGGCCGAGCAUCAUGCUGGACUGCGUAAAGGGCCGUACCUGCGACGCGAAGGCCGAGAAGGGGCCGGAAGGUUGCGGCUCCAACAUCGCCUACGCCUACUUCGUGUCGUUCAUCUUCUUCUGCUCGUUUCUCAUGCUGAAUCUCUUCGUCGCCGUCAUCAUGGACAACUUCGAUUAUCUCACACGGGACUCGUCGAUCCUGGGCGCCCACCAUCUCGACGAGUUCGUGCGGAUCUGGGCCGAGUAUGAUCCGAAUGCCACCGGCAAGAUUCAUUACACGGAGAUGUACGACAUGCUGAAGAAUAUGGACCCGCCGUUGGGGUUUGGCAACAAGUGCCCGAAUCGGCUCGCGUACAAGAAGCUCAUCAGGAUGAAUAUGCCGAUGGACGGUGACGGCAAGGUGAACUUCACUACAACGCUGUUCGCCCUCAUUCGCGAGAAUCUCAGCAUAAAAAUGCGAUGCGCCGACGAAAUGAAUCAAGCCAAUGAAGAACUGCGGGACACGAUCAGGAGUAUCUGGCCUUUACAAGCGAAAAAGAUGUUAGAUCUUUUGAUACCUAGGAACGAAGAGUUGGGCAGAGACAAGGUCACCGUGGGUAAGAUAUACGUCUGCCUUCUGAUACUCGAAAGUUGGAGGUCGACGAAGUUUGGUCAGCUAAAGUCUACCGAACAGAACGAUAACGAUCUUAUCGAUAACGAUAAUGCUGGGCAAAGUCCUGCAGCCCAGGCGCCAUCGGCCUUCUACAACUGCCUGCUGGACAUGGCGGCGGUAAAUCACACCGGAAAUAAUCACGGAGCCGGAAGUAGGGCGAACAGUCUGGAACCGGUGAUGCGACCGGCCAUGGACGUGAAGCAGGAACGACUCAAAGAGCACAUCAGGGAUGAGGAGGAAGGGGCCCUAGGCGUCCUCGCAGCCGCCGAGCACAGACGUCAGCGUAGCAUCAGAAACAAAAAGGUGAACUGGAAGAUGUCUCGCCAGUACGAUAUACUAGGCAGCAGCGGAGAGAGUAGCCAGGGAGGGGGUGGGUCUGGGGUUGUACUCGUAGUUAAUGGCGAGGAUCGCGCCCCCGAGCUAGAGCCAUUGCUGGCCGAGGUGUCCUCCCAGCGGGAUGAUCAAAACAACUACUACCACGACCAUCACCAUCACGACCAAUACUACUACGAUACCGACAAUGAUCAAUACUAUGACCAUCACCAAUACUACCACCACCACCAUCACCAUCAUCAUGACCACCGACCACCCUCGUACUACCAACACCAGAACACCUACGCACCUCGCUCCUCGAUCCGUUACCAGAAGGAGCUGCAAGACGUCAUACCGUCCGACUCGCGUGCCGGUAGCCUCGAGAGUCUCACGCAUCCUGGUGACAGAGUCCUUCGUCCGCAUCAUCCCUCGGGACCUCCUAAACGUUCGCGAUCGCCAAGUAUAAGAAGACACUCGCCAAUAAUGCCUAGAUCGCCAUCGCCAAGGCGACACGGCCGGUACGACCAUCACGGUCAUUAUCAUGAAGGACCAGGGUUUAGCGACACCGUUAGCAACCUCGUCGAGAUACAAAGGCACACACAUCAUCCCCACUCGUCACAAUAUAAUCAUCGGCAUAGGAUACGAGACUAUUACGACCACUGCGACUAUUACGACGAUGGUCCAUGGAGCGCCUCGACAAGUCCGGCCAGGUCGCCGAGUCCGGUUCACAGGAUCGAGCGCGGUGGCCAUUACGGCACGACGAGUCUGGAGCAGCGUUCGAGGAGUCCCAGCCCGAUAGGCGGUCGUCCGCAUCAUCAUCACCAUCGCCAUCAUCCGCAUCAACACAGCUAUCCGGUGCUGGUCGCGAGGAGAGGCCAGGGUCGCCGGCUGCCGCCGACGCCGAAUAAGCCGUCGACCCUACAGCUGAAACCGGCCAACAUCAAUUUCCCCAAGCUGAACGCCUCGCCUACCCACGGACCACACGUCAUGGCGCCGCCGAGCGGACCGGCCCACGUGCCGGUGGGACCCGUGACCGGUCAUGUGCUGCAGCAUCCGCAUCCGCCGUCGCACAUGCCGCCCCCCAGCAUGCAGCCGAGCCAUGACCCGUUGAGCUUCGAGCAGGCUGUCGCGAUGGGCCGCGGUGGUCGUGCGCUACCCAGCACGGUGCCCAACGGUUACAAGCCACAGCCCAAGCCGCAGCCCAAGAGAGCGCCUAGAGAGAGGUCGAGGCACUCGGACAGUGACGACGACGAUUGGUGCUAGCCAAAGUGGGACCCUGGACGGUGGUCCGGUAACGUGGACGCCCCCAGGCGUCUCAGGGUUUGCGCGUGAUAGUCGUCCACGUGGGACGCGCGUUGAUUUUGAUGUGAAGGUGAACGAAAGUGCCGCGGUCGACGAAGCUUCUGGAGGCUUUCCCUCCAGAUUUUGACUGGCCAAGGAACCGGUUACACGAAGGAGUUGUUCCGGUCACGGCAUUGCGGCGACCGAAAGAGAUCUAAGAGAGUUGAAAACGGGAAAACGAUUCCAGGCGGACGAUGUUCGGAACGAUCUCCGAUGGCUAAACACGGCGACCGAACAGGGUCAGCAAACACACACCAGAGAAGUCGAUUUCUGUGCGAGCGCACGAAAGGGGAAAUCGGCGGAUGCUAUCAUUCACAUGUCAACGUCGCACGAAAUCCGCGAACGAGGAGGAGUGCGACGCGCGCGGUUCUACGAAUCGAUCGAAGUGCAAUCAAACGAGGCCGAGCUCGGCGAAUCUCGAAGAUCCGAUCUCGAAGCCUGGAGCGCGGGUCAGAAGAAUCGGGGGAAACAAUCGCCUGGCGCGAUUGUCCGAAGAUCCGAGGGGAUUCAUCUCAAGAUGAAUUCCAUUCCAUCGCUGUCGUCGAAGACGCUCUACAUUGACGCGAACGACGCACGGCGAAACGAAAGAGAUGGAUCUCUCGAGAUCGCACGAGCGACGGCUACGUCGAGAGACAAGGUGGUAGGUUGCAGUGAAACUCGUCAUGAACGACAGUGAUUGAAUAAUUGAACGGACGUUCCGGGAGAGCUCGAAACCUCCGAUAUUAUUCGCGAGUUAAUAUUUCAAUCUUACCUCGGCUCGAUCGAGCGGAGAUCGUCUCCGAGGAAGACUUACUUUUUAUACGAUUUUCCGGAGGAGAGACUCAUAGAACGCCCGAAUUGCGCUGUGAUCACCACGAAACGUUCUCUUACGUACGUGUGUGUUUAUGUAUGUAUGUAUGUUCGUAUGAUUAUGAUUAUGUGCGUGCGUGCGUAAGAAAACCCCCUUCCCCCACGAAAUCGUCGGAAAUCGCGACUGAUGUACCGUAUCGUUCCACUUCCACUCGUGAAAGCGCCGAUUAAGUGAUGUUAAUUGUUCAACGACGACGUUAAUUGAAGGACAAUCGAAGGGAGAGCGAGGGAGUGGGAAGAUCUAAUAGCAAUUGGUUUCAGAGUUCAAUAAGGUUCAAUAAAGUUCAAUAAAGUUUCUUAUAUCGUCAGUUUCAGUUUUAAAAACUGAAGAUUUCGAAAUAAACAAAGUAAUCCGAAAUAAUGAUGUUUUAUUUCGUAAUCUGAAAAUGUUUCGUGUCUUUUCGCUGUAAGUAAUCGUCAGACGAUUCGUCGGGAAAUUUGGUCGCGCAAACAGAACGGACUGGUAAGCGGGUGUUUACCGACGAAUCAAGUGAGAAACCAAUGUGGAAAAGGUUAAUAGGAUUAGAAGUUAGGUCAAAGGUCGAAACGAAAAAGAAUUCUAAUAAUUUUACUGGGAUUCUGAUUAGCUCCAUUUCACCAUUAACAAAAUCGCGCGAAAGCGAUGCCCUAAUCAAAUGCGAAUAAUCAGAAACCGCUUCGCCGAGAGAGAUAGAAAGAGAGAGAUACGCAAGGACCGCCGCUAUGAAAUAUCGAUAUUGUUCGCAGUCGCGGUUCUUGUCAGAUUGAAACGUGAGACGAUCGUAGUCAUCGCAAAGAUAAAAUCAAGAAGCAGGAAAGGAGGAGAACGUCGUCGUUAAUUCGCGCGGAUGUUGCCUCGCGAUUCGUGCCAAUCAAGAGUGAUUAGGAGAAAGUUCAGGAAAUGAGGACCACGAUCGAGGAACGCGCACUUGAAAUACGGGAUAAGAAGGGAAGAACAGUUGUCGCGAGAUAUCUGAGAGGGGGGGGGGGAGACGCGUAAGAGAGAAAGAGAAUAGACGCGGAGAGGUAAAAACAGUUCUUACCAUACGGUUUUCAAAAGCACUCCUGUAAAUUACUGCGUAUAAUUGAAUUACAAUAUUUAUUACUUAUCACUGCUAAUACCGUUAUUAAAAUUUAACACCCGCAGAAAGAGACGAGAAACAACUACUUCACUCUACUAUUACACUAUUAACUACUAACUACCGCUACUACCAUUACUACUAUAUUACGAUUUACUACCGC